AUGCCCAAUCCUCAACCUGUUAAUCCAUAUUUCGUCUCUCCUAUUCAUUAUACUAUUAUUUGUUAUGAUUACCUCCUUCUGUAUUUUAUGUAAAUGAUUGGACAGAUUAGUGUCUGUCCUGUGAUUGGACAGAUUAGUGUCUGUCUUGUGAUUGGUGGCUUCCUACAGGAAGUUGUGAGCAGAGUUUAAAAGCUGCUGCAGGACUGCAGACAUUCACAGGAAGCUGGACCAGCAAUGGCUCUGCUGAAGGUUCUGCUGCUGCUGGGGCUGGGUGUUUCAGUGAACUCAAAUGUUUCUCUGCAGAAGAGAAUCAUUGGAGGCCAUGACUGUGAUGACAGGGAGCGUCUUUAUCAUGUUCGGAUUGAGAGCAGCAAUCAUACUACAAUAAGACUGUGUGGAGGAUCUCUGAUCGACGCUAAGUGGAUCCUGACUGCAGCUCACUGCUGGGAGUCGGAGGCAGGGUGGAUUAACAUAGCAAUGUUAAAAGUUCAUCCAAGGAGGGCUAAACAGCAGAACCAUGUAAUCCGAUCCGAUCCGGUGAUUUAUACUGACCAGGGCCAAAAGCAUGAUAUCAUGUUGCUGAAGCUUCGGAGACCAGUAACAGAUGUCCCACCUGCUCGGCUACCAAGAUGCCAGAAUCGUCCUAAAAUAGGCGAUACAGUUCAGCUGGCAGGAGAGGGAGGAACGACAACCGGCCCCAAUUAUGAGCGAAACCCCAAUAAUCGUAUUCCAAAACAUCUUCAGUGUGUCAACAUGAAUGUUGUUCUGGAUACCCACUUUAGACCAACAUGUGGGAAAACAUUUCUUACUGAUGCACAAAACAAGGAUAUAUGUCUUGGCGACUCUGGUUCAGCAGUGGUGUUCAACGGGAUGAUUUAUGGUGUGAUUGUUGAAUGUGGAACAAGCUUUGCAUGUCUGAUACCAUCUACAAUCAUAGAUGUUUGUGAAUACAUAGAUUGGAUAAAACAAACAACUGGGCUUAAAUAAAACAUAAACUAUCAUGAAAUAAAAUUCUCAUCAAAUUUCCUCAGAUGUAAUUUUAUAGUUGUUUCUUCAUCACUUUGUAGUUUGUAGAAUUAGG